GUACUGUGACUGACUUCCGUGAUGAAGUGAGCCGUAAACGUCUCGAGCACUUUAGCCGCUUCAGGGAAGUCCUUCCAACCUCCAGAACGGAGAGGCUGCGCGUCCGUGAGGAAAGUAAAGUAGAAUCUUCUCUCGCAGCAGGUUUGUGGACUUUUUAUGGUUGUUUGGGUCGGUACUCCGCGGGUUUUGUAAAGUAGUUUAGUUUGUAGUGCGGGAGAAGGCUGUUUUGUUUGGUUGUUUUGAAGUGAGCUGCAGUUGGUUGUGAUUAACAUCAAGGCUUCACUCACAGCUUUGCUAGUGUUUCUUCCAGCAGACUGACUGUUCUUCGUGGAGACUUCCCAUCCUGUCUCUGUUGGCUCUGCUCGUAUUUAGCCACAAACACUCCUCUGCUGGGCGAGGCUGGCCUGAGGACACAACUAACCUUGUCCACUUGUCUCUUAGUGUGGAAAAACAGCAGGAAAGUAAGGAUAAAAAUGGAAUAUGCCAAUACUUUUAUGAAUUCUUUGAGGCGUCUACUCACUUUGUAUAAAAAUAAAUAAUGUUUUGUUUAUUAAAAUUAUAGCCACCAAUUUCCUACCCAUCACAAAACCCAUUUAAGUUGACGUUUUUUGGGCAUUUGUUGGUGUGGCCUGGUCCUUCCAGUUGAUUCUUCUCCAGCCCUGAAUGAAACCUUGGAAGGGAGAUUUGGUAACAUCCUAUUCCCUACAUGAGGUCUGAUACAGGUUUAUUGUGAUUAAUGUAAGUAAUUAAUUGGUAAACUCAUGCGAGCGCAUGCUUCUCCCGCAAUAUGUCUUUAAAGAUGAGCUAUAGCUGACAUCUGUCUGAUUCUGUCACAUUUGCUAAUUUUUCCUUUUCUGUCAGAUUUUGUAUACAUACAUCAUGGAAUUUCAUUUGAUAGCCUUGAAAAUGCUAUCCUGAAAUAUAACAGCACAUGUGGUAAAUGUGAACAAAAUCAUGUAGAAUAAAAUAAAUAUAACUUCUAAAAACAUAUUUUGAUGUGUGACUACAUCAUACAUGUUCAAUAUGUCAUUAAAGUCCAGUACUCAAAUUUUCCAACCUUACAUUCACAUGUACCUGCAGCACAUUACAUUUUCUCCUACCUUUAGAUGUUCAUGUUUGAUGGUGGCCACGCCCCCGUUUAUGACGUCACGUCAGUUGCAUCAUGUGACUGGUUCUCCUCCUAAACAAUACUGGUAUCUGUAAGCUUGUUGCAAUUAAGCAAUUACCGGUAAUCAAUUAAUUGUAAUAACGCUUAAUGAUUUCCAUUCUGAUAUAUUUUUUGAAGAGCAGUUUUGUUUAGAGACAUAAUCUAUUUUACUUAAGGUAAAAAACAGUAGUCUGGUUUUUCUUUCUGUUUUUAUAUAAAUAUAAAAAGUUGAUAUUUGAAGUUUAUUUGUCUUUGACAAGGCGUGCCAUUACCAACACAUUAGUUGAAAAUCGUCUCAUGACAACAAUAUUAUUGUUUAUCCCAAGAAUUUCUGAGACAAUUUAAUGUCUGGCAAGAUUGGUUGUUGUGACAGGCCUAGUCACCUGUAGCUCUGCCAUUAAACGUUUUUAGGAUGAAAUACUUUUUACUUAUCCAAGCUCCAAUUUCCAGAUUAUUUCUUAAUUAUACUUUUAUGAAGUUGAGCAUGUUUUUAAAAAGUUAAAAUGUAUGAAAAUUGAGAUUCCUUGAUGUUUAUCUACAUGGUGCUAGGGAUGGAAAGGUUUUCAUUCUGAGGUUUGGAAAGUAUUGUGACUUUGACCCUGUAGCUACUUGUGGAGCUUUCAAUCAGUGCCAUAGCUUUAGGUCAUCCGUGUGUGGGUGGGUGUGUGUGUGCUGUAGAGGACAUCCAUCCAUUAUCAGUAUUCCCUAGCGUGGUCGGGAGGGUCUGUAGAAGACAAUAUAAUAUAAAGUAAGGUGAUGAGCAGCCUCUGCUUCUGCUGCAGCAUGAGUCUACAGGAGAUCAGUGAGAAUGUCAAGCUGGCGCGGGAGUACGCUCUGCUGGGGAACUACAGCUCAGCCAGUGUUCUGUACCACGGCCUGCUGGACCAGAUCAAGAACUACAUGUACACUGUAAGGGACGGCGGCGUUCAUCAGCAAUGGCAGCAGCUGUGGCAAGAAAUCAACGAAGAGAGCCGGCAAGUUCAGGACAUCAUGUCCACUCUGCAGAGCUUUCAGCUGGACACGGCGCCCGCUAAACCCUCCAACCAUGACGACUUUGAAAUGAGGCCGGCACAUGUGGAACCAAGACACUCUCCUGGCCCCGUCAGGCGCUCCAACUUUCAUAAGGAGAGCAAACCCUCCAACCACCGGCUGAGCGCCGCCGUGAGGCCCCACCAGAAGCAGCCCCAGCGGGGGGCCAACGGGGCCGGGGGCCGAGCCUCCAAGGCCAAAGAAAAGAAGGAAGCGAAGGAGGUGAAGGAGGCUGGUGGCAAAGCCAAGGAUGACAAGGAGAAAGAGGUGAAAAAGUUUGACGGUACAGGAUACGACAAAGACCUGGUGGAAGCCCUGGAGAGAGACAUCAUAUCUCAGAACCCCAGUGUGAGAUGGGACGACAUUGCAGAUUUGGAAGACGCCAAGAAACUGUUGAAAGAAGCGGUGGUGCUGCCGAUGUGGAUGCCUGCUUUCUUCAAAGGCAUCAGGAGACCAUGGAAGGGUGUUCUCAUGGUGGGCCCUCCAGGCACGGGGAAGACUCUGCUGGCCAAGGCCGUCGCUACGGAAUGCAGGACUACUUUCUUCAACGUGUCUUCGUCCACGCUGACCUCCAAGUACCGAGGAGAGUCGGAGAAGCUGGUUCGCCUUCUGUUUGAAAUGGCGCGCCACUACGCUCCCACCACCAUCUUCAUCGAUGAAAUCGACUCGAUGUGCAGCCGCAGAGGAACCUCAGAGGAGCAUGAGGCCAGCAGGAGGGUGAAGGCAGAGCUGCUGGUCCAGAUGGAUGGGGUGGGCGGGGCUUCAGAGAACGAUGACCCUUCAAAGAUGGUGAUGGUGCUGGCAGCCACCAACUUCCCCUGGGACAUCGACGAGGCACUGAGGAGGCGGCUGGAGAAGAGGAUCUACAUCCCUCUGCCUUCCAUAAAGGGCCGGGUGGAGCUGCUCCGGAUCAACCUGAAGGAGCUGGAGCUGGCCAGUGACGUAGACCUGGACAAGAUCGCAGAGCAGCUGGAGGGAUACUCAGGAGCUGACAUCACUAACGUGUGCAGAGACGCCUCCCUGAUGGCCAUGAGGCGACGGAUCGAGGGUCUCACCCCGGAGGAAAUCCGGAACCUGUCCAGGGACGAGAUGCACAUGCCAACCACCAUGGAGGACUUUGAGUCGGCUCUGAAGAAAGUCUCCAAAUCCGUGUCAGCUGCUGACCUGGAGAAGUACGCCAGCUGGAUCGAGGAGUUUGGAUCGUGCUGAGAAGAAAGCGAACCGAACGUUUAAAGAUGUUGUAGCUUGAGUUUGGCUGAGCCGUUUGUGUGCAGUCUGAUGUGAGCGGAUGUUUAGAAUGUGAAGUAUUGCUGCGCUUGUUUUGUACAUAACGUUCAGUCUGAAGCGGUAGCAUGCUGCUCUGUAGCAACAACUUCAUGUUGUCGUCUAUCAGGGAGUUAACAGCCAAUCAGAAGUCAUUUACUUACUUUUAAUUACAAUUGAUGUUUUGAGACCAACAUUUCUUUUUUUUGUCUUUUGGACAAUUUACAUUUCUAUAAAAGCAACACUAAAGAUAUUUCUAUAAAUAAAGUCAUUUUUUCCGGCUGUGGCUCUGUGGCUAAUCGUCUUAACGUCAAUUUCAGUUUUCUCCUGCCCCAAGUUGCCUACUCAUCUGCAUAUUUGUGUAUAAAUGUGUGAGCGUUUGUAUGUGAAUGUGACUCUAGUGUAAAGCGCUUUGAGUGGUCAAAAUAAUUGAAAAAGCACAAGUUCAGUCCAUUUACCAUUUAUCUUAACUUCCUGGUUUAGGUUUUAAGGAGAAAAGGAAACAUUUGGUCUUUGACCUUCUUGGACCAGUUGUGAUGCCGUAGUUCUUGCAUUGUGAAAUUUUGCCCAUCUGCCAGAGAUGAUCAUUGUUCAUCCAGUUCAAAGCAGAUGAACUGUCCUGACAGAGACAAUUUUAAGAAAUAUUAAUACAUUGAAGCUGUAAAGGGAGUUCUCAGUAUAACAGGAUCAACAGAACAACAUGUUGGUUUGUAAGGAAAGCAUUUAUUAAGCUAAUGUUCCAACCUCAAAACACAAUCCAGUUACAGUGGAAACAUGUAACACAUGGAUUCAUACAGAUUCAACAAAGCCGUCUCAAAUACGUUUCAUUUUUCAUCAACAUCUCUAAAACUCGCUGCCUGCCAUAAGAGCUGAUCUACAGUCUGCGUGGGGCUGGAGCCGCUUCCAGUGGCGUGGAGUCAUCAUGCAGUUUAGAACGGACUGAUGAAAUGCCACACAUGCAUGUUUUUUUUAUUAAAUAAACGGACAUCAUGCGCUCUGCUGUUUGACUCCAGUCCAGAGUCUUGAUCUCAGCUGAUCUGAGGAGGAAAAACCCGAGUUUCUUCUAAAAAGUGGGACGAGAAUCGACAAGAGUGUUGAUGUUUACAACGGCCGGAUCGAACGGGUGACGAGAAGAAAUGGAUGAUCUGAGGCACUCUAGAUUACAGAAUGUGAUGAAAUCAGCCACAUCUGUCCAGUUUUUACAGGCAAAUACAAAAA